UUCUUAUUGAAAAGCGAGAAAGCAAAUAAAAAUUCUUCUUGCCAUUGUAAGAAAAAGAGACAUAGUUCUGACAUAUAGUUGCCUUCCGCGGAUUACUUUAAAGAAACAGCCUUAUGGGCUUACAAACAGGAAACCAAUCACUCAAACGUUCUCAGAAUUGCCUUGAAGUAUUGGAUGCCACGAAACGUUUAAUAUAAAGUUAAUUUGUAGUCUACAUACGCGUUCUAUGUACGUUUGUAAAACAGUGUCGCAUGAAUUCACAUCCCUCACAGAUGAAGCUGUGUUCCCGACUCGUGAAAGCUGCAAAUGAAUUUGAUGCCAAUUCAAGCUUUAUUAGCCUCCAAAUUAAUCUGCAUGCGAAACUGUCUGCUUUAAAGCUUUACACAAAAAAAUUUGCUGCUAAUGCAAAAAAAAGCAAAGCUAGCAAACCAAAAUUCCUUUAGAUUUUUCUUAUUUCUCUACGUUUAAUUCUGUUUCAAUGAGUUCAUUGAACAAAAUCUUUCAUGGAUUCAUCUGUCUCAAUUCGUUUCCUUUACAGACGUGUGAGAAGACCUCCAGGUUCCACGUUAUACCAGGGCUUCUUGUAAGAAUCAUAAAAAUUCCCAUAUUAUUUGUAUUUUAUCGUUUUAUUUGAAAACAAAAAGCCUUUUGGCUGAAGUUUUGAAAGAUUUUUCUUUAAAAGUCAGUUCUUUACAUCGAUUUUUGUCUUUCACUUUGUCCCAAGCGAAGACCAAUUCAUCCGAUUAUAUGUCUUUUAUCGAAUAAUAUUUUUCAAUUCCCAUCCCAUUUACGUGUUUUGUUAUCUUCAAAAGGCUUUAUUCGCUUGGAUCCGAAAUUACAUAUAUUGACAGUAUUUUAAUAGGAGUUUUUUGACGAUUCUUGAUCUCCUUCACAUUUUCUAUGCUUCCUGUCUCCUUCUAGGUCGUUCGUUUUUUCCUCGUUUUUGUUUCUCUGGGAAUUGAAUCAGGUUAUCGUCCAUUCUCCUUCCAGCAUUUUCAAUUUCAGUUUCUACCCUUCAUCCUUCAAGGCUAUCUCUUUCUUGACAACGUAAACGAGCCGUCAAAUUUGGGCUCAAGGUAAAGAGGAAAUUUUUUGUCCUCUUUACUCUAUUAUAUCUUUCUCAAUGAUUUUGGUGAACAAUGCGAAAAUGGCUUGCAUGAAGUGCAUACGUGGUCAUCGUUCUUCCAGCUGCAAGCACGACGACCGUGAACUUUUCCCUAUUCGACCAAGAGGCCGACCUGUUAGUCAGUGUGAAAAGUGUCGCCAAGCUAGAGUUAUGCGUCAUAUUCAUGUAAAGUGUACUUGCAGUUCGAAUGCAGAAAAGCCCCAAUCUCAAAUCAAAAAGUCCCGCAACAAACCUUCCGAAAGGGAUUCUACUUUGUCCGUUUCUUCAAAACCUGCCCCUUCUUCCUCUUCUUGCUGUAAAGGCCAUCAUUCCCAUACAUCUUUACCCUCCCAAACCUCUUUCGACUCUAAAGUUCAAGAACAUAAUUUUUUCUCCCAUCCAUCCUCGGAAAGCCCGGACGGUUCUGGUUCUCUAUUUGUUCCUAAUCACCACCCUUAUCACUAUCCUUCAGGUGCCGGCUUAUAUAGUCAUCCGGAAAACACACAAUGCCUUUGCAAAGAUUGUCAUCCUUGUAAUUAUCAAAUUUCUUCGCCUCAUUGGUAUUCUCAUUGCCAUAAUGACCCUAUGUAUGCAAACGUACCUCCCUUUAGAAAUCCCAACAUUCAUGCAGACGAUGCUUCCAGAUUGCACCUUGAAAUGAACAAAUUUCACCCUUUUUCUCUAGGUCAACGAAGAAAGAUAAUUCCCAAUUUCCCAACGCCUUCUGCGCUUAAGGUUCUUUCCAAUUCUCAGGAUUCCAUUGCAGCUGCAGCUGCUAGUCAUGAUCUAUAUCCUCAACCAGAAUUCCCUUAUCCAUUUGCUAUGUUGGAUAAUGGCUCUUAUGUUCCAUUAAGUCCUAAUCAACCUUCUCGCUCACCUAUAUAUCCUCCUCCUGAUCCUUUAGACGGUGUAAAGUCCGAAAGCAACUCCAAUAUUCCUUUCCAUAAUUUUCCUAUCCAAUUAUCAGACUACUUUACUCUACCAAGUAAUUGUGCUCAGGGUUCGACUCAUUGUCAAUGUGAUGAUGAUUGCCAGUGCCUUGGAUGCUUGACCCAUCCCAAUAAUCCUACGACACUGGCUGCUCUUAACCACAUUUCUGCAUUACAAGAAGAUCAUAGAGAGCCUGUUUUAUCGCAUCCUUCUACAGAAGAAAAACUUUUACUAGAUGGCUUUGAUGAUGACUUACCUGAUAAUUCUUCAAAUCAAUAUAUUCCUGACAAUCAGUAUGGCAUCCAGUAUCCUGUGCAUAACUUCCGCUUUACCCCUGAAAUUAGCUGAUUAUCUAAAUUUGCUAAUUCUUUUGUUUUUGUUUAUACCGUCUUCUCUUUUUCAAGUUGUUAUUGUGUUUCUUUUACGUUUCGAAUCUAAAAAUACCAUUUUCUCCAGUUUGCUUUGUUUAAUGAAUUUGAAUUGUAGAUAACUAAUCAAUGAAACAAUGGGAAUAAGGUCAUCAAUGUUAUGGAGAUAUCCUAGACAAUCUAUUAUUCUGCUUAGAGUUUGUAGAU